GGGCGCACACUGCCGCAAAGCGGAAGCGCGGCGCUUAGGGGGAACCGGCGCCCGGAAGGUCAGCGUGUGAAGGAGGCGCUAGCAACGCGGGGGUUACCCGCUGUUAUUGAGGAGCAACGGCCCAGCGGACCACCUGGACUCGAGACAGCGGCGGGAACCACUCGGUUUGCUGAGAUAUCAUGGAAGGAGGCGGGGGAAGCGGCAACAAAACCACAGGGGGAUUGGCCGGCUUUUUCGGAGCCGGCGGAGCAGGUUACUCGCACGCGGAUUUGGCUGGCGUCCCGCUAACUGGUAUGAACCCUCUGUCUCCUUAUUUAAAUGUGGAUCCGCGAUACCUCGUGCAGGAUACAGAUGAGUUUAUUUUACCUACUGGAGCUAAUAAAACCCGGGGCAGAUUUGAGCUGGCCUUCUUUACGAUCGGAGGAUGUUGCAUGACAGGGGCUGCGUUUGGGGCAAUGAAUGGUCUUCGGCUAGGAUUGAAGGAAACCCAGAACAUGGCCUGGUCCAAACCAAGAAAUGUACAGAUUUUGAAUAUGGUGACUAGGCAAGGGGCACUUUGGGCUAAUACUCUAGGUUCUCUGGCUUUGCUCUAUAGUGCAUUUGGUGUCAUCAUUGAGAAAACACGAGGUGCAGAAGAUGACCUUAACACAGUAGCGGCUGGAACUAUGACAGGCAUGUUGUAUAAAUGUACAGAGAUGGAGUCUCACUGUGUUGCCCCGGCU